UCGCAGAGGACCACAGAGGCAACAGGAGUGAAGGACCAGAGGGUUUUUCCUCACGAUUCCCUGGCAAUACAUGAGAGUGGAAAGGGGCUGGGGGGUGUCUUCCAGGCUGGGAGGGCUCAGCGAUGUCUUGAUGGAGUAUGGGCCAGAUCUUAGGAUUCUCCCACUGCCAGGAAUAUGGCUCAGUGGCUUCCACUCCAGAUUCAACGCCCCCGUGCACUGAUGGUGGUAAUGAGGAAUCAGAGCUGUAUGAGCUACAAACUGCGAGGGACUGGUCCGAAGAUGAAACAGCGGGAUUCGAUGAUGACGACACGCUGGCCUCCUCCCCGUCCAUCUGGGGCACGCCACGACAGAGCUCCCUGGAGUUGACGUUCUCCUACAUCGCCAUAGCUGAGCCUGAGGCCGUAGGGGCCUCGCGCACCCAUCGGGAGAGGCGUAGGGGCGGCUCGCGGGGAAGUCGCACAUCCCUGGUGCGCACAGACACCCCAGAGACACCCCUUGAAUCCCCGGACGUUGACUGGGACCCGCAGGGCUUUCUGACUCGGGCGGAUGUUGAAGAAGAGCGGGUGGACACGAGGACUACGAGCCCAAGGAGGAGAAGGAGGCUAAAUGAGACUGUAACAAUGCAGCCAUCAUCCCAAACUGUGGACGUAGAGACUCAAGGGGCUGAUGCAGGUGUAAUAAAUGAGGAGAGCAGAUUGAUCCAAGCUAUAGCUCAACCACAGAUACUUCCAGCAGCGUCGGCAUCCUUACCGAUCCCCGAGCCUGAGUCACCCAUUGUUUCAGAGGAGCCUCUUCGACCGACUGAGCCCGAGUCCAUGUCCCUGGAUGCCGUCAUUUCAGAUACUCAGGAAAAGCUGCUGAGCCAGUGUUUGUACUCAGCCUUUAACCCCUCAGACAGCGCCACAGUGUGCCCACAACAAGAAGUUAUGGACCUGAUCUAUUGGAAGGACACAGAACGAACAGGAAUGGUGCUGACGGGUUUAGUGGUGGGCCUGCUGUGCCUCUUCCAGCUCAGCAUCAUCACCGUGAUCUCCACAGUGUCUCUCGCCAUAGUGUGCUUCACAAUCUCAGUGCGCAUCUACUACAACAUCCUUCACAGCCUCAAAUGGGGCGAUGGAGAGCACCCCUUCCAGUCCUACCUGGACAUGGACAUCAGUUUUAGUGGGGAGCAGGCUGAGCUGCAAAUUCAGAAAAUGAUCAUCAUGACUUUGUGUGCUGUGGACAGCCUGAAAAGACUCUUCUUCGUCAGCAACCUCUUUGAGUCCCUCAAGUUGCUCUUCCUGAUUUAUCUGGUGACGUACCUCGGUGAUCUGUGCAAUGGCCUCACGCUCCUCAUCAUAGGUGUGAUUGCGCUCUUUUCAGUGCCGCUUUUUUACCGACGGCGUCAGGAACAGGUGGACAGUUUCAUUGCAAAAAUCCAGGCUCUCAUUGACAACGUCAAGGACUUCUUCCGACGAUUGGCCCACGGUGGCAGCCCCCCGCCCGACCCAACCCCAGGUGGUGCCAAACCAAAAAUUCAAUAAACACUGACGAAUGACAGGAUCACGAAGCGCUGCGGGCCGUCACUCCGAUGUCUUACCCAGCACGUAGUCUCGGCACCACAUGACUGAGCUGCUGAGUCCCAGAGGAGGAGGGGACGUUUACUAUUAAAACUGUCUAACUUAUUGGGUUUUAAGAGGGUUGAUUCUUAAUCAAGAUGUACGGAGAGAAAAAAAACUUUUUUUUAAUAUCCAAAAGUGUCUGUCGGAAGCUGUCGUCCAAAUGUGGCACCUGAGACUCCCAUUUGGAAACUUCAUUUUCAUGGCAGUGACUGACAGUUAGUGUGCACGUGGAUUUCCGAAUGGAUAUUCAUUUCCAUGACUGUGUUUCAUGAGUGUGUGUGAGUGUGCGUAUGAGUGAAGAAGCCAUUGAAACGGGCAAUUAAAGUCACUUUUUGUCAUUUUUCCUCUUUUCCUCACGUCAGUUCAUCACAUUGUGCAUUAUUGCAGUUCGACCAUCAGUUGUGGGCUAGGUUUCCUUAUUCUGGAAAGGAUGUGGGAUCAGAUUCUGUAUGAGAAAAUGGAAGGGUGCCUUUCUGCUGCAUGUUCAAGUGUAUUCAUGAAUGAUUUCUUUUCUCAACAUAAACUCAUCCCUUGUUCACAUGCACAUUGCCCUUCAAAGAAUAGACUUUUGUACCUGUGUGAUGCCUUUGUGAUGACAUGACUUACUUGUAAGUGAAAUCACUUUUAGAAAUAAUAAAACUUCAGGAUAGCCUAAAAAUGGUACUUUCUUGACUUCCUAUCCUGUCAUGAACAUGUUUCAACACCUGAAAUGUACUUUAUUGGCAUUGAACUCAAAGGGGAAGGUAUUUUAACAAGGAAAAGCGGAUUACUGUAUCUUGGUAUUUAAGUAUAGUUAUUCCAAUUAUUGUUUUUUUUUUUUAAUCAUCAUUAUUAUUAUUAACUGAAACAUACAAUCAGAUACUUACGAUUUAAAAAGUAGACUUAGCAUACUUUUUUUUUUUUUUUUUUUCAU